AUGUCUGAACUCGCAUCAUUCGUGGGAAAAAAAGUCCACGUCAUUACAACCGACGCUCGGUUCUUCGAAGGGGUGCUAGAAGGAUUCGACAAAAACACCAACAUAAUACUCAGCAACAGCAUCGAGCGAAUAAUCUAUCCAGCACACGAGAGUGACGAAACCAACGAGGCGAUACCGAGUGGUGUGAAUAUCUUGAGAGGUAAUGAAAUUGUUUGCAUUGGAGAGAUUGAUGAUGUGUUGCAUGCCAAAAUCAAUUGGUUGGAGAUGAAAGGAUCACCUCUCAAAACUACAAAGAAUCCACUAUAA